CAUGUGCAGCAAAACCAGUUGAACAGCAUGUUUAUAGAAACUGUCCUUAAGAGUGAUUGCCUCUUGAAGGAGCAUAGCUCAUAUAAGAGGAGUGGGACUGUCUCCAGCCAGCCCUGGGAGACGAUGCUGAGAGCAUAUUGAAAAGCUGUCUUCAGCAAAAGCUUGCCAGUUUAACAACUCUGUUCACUGUUCCUAUUGCACAGUGGGCUCUUUGACGCAACAGAAAGAGCUGCUUUUUUUUUUUUUUUUUUUUUUUGCUUCCUCUUAAAUCCGCCUGGCCAAUUUAAAGCUUGUGGAUAUUUCUUCCCCCUCGGGGAAAGCUUAUGUGAGGAUUUUCUUUUUUAACAGUUCAUUCUGUGAAACCAUUUUUUUCUUGUUUGCUGUUAGAAAAUGUUGGAGCUGAACACAAGGCUUUCAUUGCAGCACACUUUAGUGGGAAGCAUGUUACUCCUGGGCACAUGCUGUCUGCAGGGAAGAUAGUUAUUUGCUAUUUUGUAUUUCUUCUUAGACUGCUAUCAAGGGAACUAAGAAAGGAUGUAGACAUAUUGUUAAUGUCUCUCUUCAAGCUGUAUUUGAGGAGGCCAGCUUUUAUAGUGCAUCCAUAGGAAUCGUCUCCACUACAGCCUUUCACCACACAGGAGACAGACUGAAGAUGUAGGCAGCUGGCGAAUAUGAAAGCAAUGAAGAGGUGUUCUGAGGUUGACAGUGCUUUUUGUAGUACACACAUUUUCUGGGAAGGGCAUAAGAAGGGAGAUAAACAGGAGAUGAUUGUGGCAAGCUGAGAAGUAGCUGUAGCAGACCAAGAUGUUCCAAAGAGAAGAUCACAGCAAAAAGGUCCUCAGGCUCCAUCAGCCACAUGCUGAUCACAUUGCAGCAGCGUAGGUGUUGCCAUGAGGAUCAGGAGGUGUCCUGUCUGCUUCACAGCUUGUCUUUUGAUCCUGCUGGGUAAACACCAGAGAGCGCCCAAUAUAGAGGCAGAGCACACAUUUUAAGAGAGCUGACAAGCCAGUUCCUGCACAUACAUGCAUCUGUGUAAGAGUACUCCAAGUCCAGGGGCCUCUGUGGCACUGCAUGGACCUAAGAACUGUUGCAUGUGUGGGGUUAGACUCUGCUUUUUGAGACAUGAUGCUCCGACGAGGAUUUAUUCUGUUUCUCCCCCGACUUGUAGGCCUGCUGGUGGUGGCCUGUUGCUUGGUGUCUAUUGUUUAUAUGUUGGCUUGCACACCCAAGAGUGAUAGCCAGCAGCUUGCCUUGCCCAGGGUGCACAGUCCAACUGCAAAGGAGGGAUAUGAAGCCAUUCUGCAAGAGCGAGAAGAGCAACACCGCAACUACAUCAUCAGCUUGAAGAAACAAAUUGCCCAGCUGAAGGCCGAACUCCAGGGCAGGAGCGAGCAGCUUAAGAACAUGCAGGACCAGUACCCAGACCCCUUGGACAUUCAGCUUGACCACAGUAACCCAGAGAAGGCCCAGGCUAACCUGCUGGCUUUCCUCCAUUCCCAAAUAGACAAAGCAGAGGUGCACAGUGGAGUUAAGCUGUCCACGGAGUAUGCAGCCGUGCCCUUUGAGAGCUUUACCCUGCAGAAGGUGUACCAACUGGAGACAGGGCUGACGCGCCACCCAGAAGAGAAACCUGUAAGGAAGGAUAAGCGAGAUGAGUUGAUAGAGGUGAUCGAGUUAGCUGUUGGGAGUUUGAACAAUCCAGAGGGGGAAGGCAAUGCAAAACACCGUGUAUACACAGCCUCCGACUUCGUUGAAGGGAUCUACCGCACAGAAAAAGACAAAGGCACAUUGUAUGAGCUGACUUUCAAAGGAGACGCAAAACAUCAGUUCAAGAAGAUUGUUUUAUUCCGGCCAUUUGGUCCUGUAAUGAAAGUGAAAAAUGAAAAUGUCAAUAUGGCCGACACACUUAUUAACGUCAUUGUGCCAUUGGCCAAGAGAGCCAGCAAAUUUCGGCAAUUCAUGCAGAAUUUCAGGGAAAUGGGCAUUCAGCAGGAUGGGAGAAUUCACCUCACUGUAGUUUACUUUGGAAAAGAACAAAUGAAUGAAGUCAAAUCGAUACUUGAAAAUACCUCCAAGUCAGCCAACUUCAAGAACUUCACCUUCAUCCAGCUGAAUGAAGAAUUUUCCAGGGGCAAAGGAUUGGACGUUGGUGCUCGAUUUUGGAAAGGAAACAAUGUUGUUCUCUUUUUUUGCGACGUGGACAUAUACUUCACAGCUGAAUUCCUGAACUCCUGUAGAUUAAACACACAGCCAGGGAAAAAGGUGUUUUAUCCUGUUCUCUUCAGCCAGUAUAACCCCAGUAUAAUUUAUGGCCACCAUGAUUCCAUCCCACCUUUAGAACAGCAGCUGAUUAUUAAAAAAGAAACUGGAUUUUGGAGAGACUUUGGUUUUGGGAUGACUUGCCAGUACAGAUCUGAUUUUAUCAACAUAGGUGGCUUUGAUCUGGACAUUAAAGGCUGGGGUGGUGAAGAUGUACAUCUGUACCGCAAAUACCUUCACAGCAACCUCAUUGUGAUCCGAACGCCUGUCAGGGGUCUCUUCCAUCUGUGGCAUGAAAAGCAGUGUCUGGACGAGCUAACCCCAGAGCAGUACAAAAUGUGUAUGCAGUCCAAGGCCAUGAACGAGGCUUCUCACGGCCAGCUUGGGAUGCUUGUUUUCAAGCAAGAGAUUGAGACACACCUGCAUAGGCAGAAACCGAGCAGUAAGAAGACAUGAAGCCAGAAAGGGAGGCAAAAAGCCUCUGAAUUGGACUAUAGGGUGUUUUGGAAAAGAGAUGCUAACAAGAAAAGACAGGAUGAGACUGAAAGAGGAUGGAAAUUCCAGCAGGAUGGCAGCAAAAGAAGAUGAGGGAAAAUGUUUGUCCUCCCUUCUGUUUUUUUUUUCUUAAUAGGGCUUUUAAGUACUCCAUUAGCCUGACUGUUCAGCAUUUGCCUCUGGGGGAGACUUGAACACUUGAUGAGAUUCAAGGUCACAGAGACAAUGAACAUUACAUAAAUGCCAAUGUGGUAUUCACAAUAACAAAUGGAUGUGCUCUUCCAUUUAAAUGUUUGUAAGAUGUGUACAGUUAUUUAAAGGAUUGACCCUUCAGUGGGCCAAUGAUAAUGAGUUAUUUUCUACAUCUAACCUGACAUAUCUAAAAAGGGCUAUUUUUGAAUAAGUACAGAGCUCCUGCUCUGAGGAGGACAUCUGAUUGUUAACGAUGGUUAAGCUGGAGUGACCAAAAAUCUUUUUCCCUUAAGCGGCUGGGGCAGGGUGGGGCGGGUGGGGGGGCAGCAGCAGUGCACUAACAGGGUAUUGCUGGUUCAUUCAGAGACAGGAGGCAUCUCAAAAAGUGCUUUCUAAAAUUCAGAAUGAGAAAGCCCUACCGGUCAAGUGUGAUGUUUCAAAAACGCUGGAGGGUAGUGUUUGUUCUCUUCUGUGGACAGUGAACAAAAAGCAACGAGCCAUGUCUGUAUCACAUGAAUCAGAUGGUGUAUUUCUGCUUUAGAACACUGUAAAUAUCUCAAGAUUUAUUUUUAAAUGAAGUUGGUUUUGCUUGGGAAUUAUUUUGUCAUACUUCAGGUUUUCUACUUCUAGCCUUACUAGGAAAUAGUACAGCCUUCCAACACUUGGAAAAUGCUCUGCAGAUCUGUUUCCUGUGUUUCCUGAACUGGGUUCAGAUAAGUGAAGUAAGUGAUUUUUCUACACAACCUGGGUGCUGGAAGGCAGAAGCUUUACCAUGCUGAAGAAAAGGAAAUACAUAACAACUUGCAGUACUGAUUUAGGAGGAGGCUUUAAACUCUGAAUGUCAGAUACCAAAAUUGAUGAACAUUUUCUGACUUUAUACCAAAGUAUUCCUUCUAAACCAAAUAUAGAAUCUUGCCCAGGGCAUAGCAAGCUUUUUGUAAUCAACAAAAUAAAUUUUUGUGAUGGAUUACUGGACCCUGCAAAUUCUCUUAUGAUAAUUACAGGUGCAUCCUAAAAAUUAGUCUCUUUAAUAGAUUUUUUUUUUCAGUUGCCUAGAACUGUUGAAAGCAUGAGUUACUGCUCUUAUAAAGCAUUUUCUUUUAA